CCCGGUUCCCCCUUACCCGUGCUCGUGGCGGCCAAUCCCGCCUCCUCGCCGGCCCCAGCCCCGCAGCUGCAGCCGCCGCCGCCCAACACCUACACGCCGCUCUUCACCCGGCUCCUUCCCGCUCCCGGCCCUGGCCCGGCCCCUUCCCGCUGCCGGCCACUUCCUUCCGCCCGACCCGAGUCCCUCCCGCUCGCCCGGAAAGGGGAGGGCGUUCCGCAGCGGCCCCGAGGCGCGGGGAACGGCGGCGACAUGCGGUUCCGCUUCUGCGGGGAUCUGGACUGCCCCGACUGGGUCUUAGCCGAGAUCAGCACCCUGGCCAAAAUCUCCUCGGUGAAGCUGAAGCUGAUCUGCGCCCAGGUGCUGCGGGACCUGCUGGGGGAGGCCAUCGAGUAUGAGAAGAUCCUGAAGCUGACCUCGGAUGCCAAGUUAGAGUCGGGGGACGUGAAGGCAACCAUCGCUGUCCUCAGCUUCAUCCUCUCCAGUGCAGCCAAACACAACGUGGACAGCGAGUCCCUGUCGAGCGAGCUGCAGCAGCUGGGGCUGCCCAAAGAGCACGCCAGUGGGUUAUGCCGGUCCUACGAGGAGAAGCAGAGCUCCCUCCAGGACAGGCUGAAGGCUUGCAGCCUAAGAUUGAGCCGGCUGGGCUCGGUGUGCUGGCGGGUGGAUUACAUCCUCAGCUCCAGUGAGCUGCAGGAUGUCAACGAGCCCCUUGUGCACCUGACCUUCAACGUGCAGGACAGGGUGCGUGGGGGGACGGCAGCCGUGCCCGUGACCCUCUCUGCCGACAAGUUCCGUGUGCUGCUGUCAGAGCUGAAACAGGCCCAGGCCCUGAUGAACACCCUCCUCUGAGGAGACAGAGCGACCACCGACGCUGCACUGCGGGCUAGAAGCAGGCCUCAGUGAGGAGGGGGAAAGCGGGAGCAGCGCGCCCCACCCGUGGUGAAGACGUCCCGCGGGGAUAAGGUCUAAUAAAGGCAACGCUGAACGAGCA